UGUAACUCCCGGCUGGAGGGUGGAAGAGCACCGACCGAAGAAGGAACCGCGUGUUAGUCCUGUCACACAGCAGAAGGUCACUCAGGUUGGGUUGUGCUGGAGAGAAGAAUUCUGAGAAGCAACAAUGGACCAAGCAAGGUCAACAAUAUCCAAGAUUUUUAAUGGGGAGCCCCACUCCUACACACGAUUCAACUUGACCCAGAAUAUGGAGGGUGACAACAGUCAGGUGGAGAUGAAGCUGUCAUCUGAAAUAGAUGAGGAGACUGGGGGAAAUGGCGUUGGCGGCCACCUGAAUCACAACUCUAAUCGCACACCCUAUGUGGCUCAAAAGUUUGGACGUACACCCAAGAACCUCUGCUUUAUGGCAGCUACAAUCUUCCUCAUCUUCAUCAUCGGCUAUUUGAUUGGCUACCUGGUCCAUCGGAAUAAGGAUUUGGCUCCCACCUGUGCAUCCUCUGCUCUCCGCUAUGAAGAUGUUUCUGUCGCCCAUGAGACCGGUGCUGCUCCCCUCAUGGACUGGGAUGAUGUGAAAAAGCUUCUUGCUCAAAAACUGACUACAUCCAGUAUGGACGCUGUCCUUGGUCAGCUGAGCAGUAGCAACCACCGGGCUGGUUCUCCUGGUGAUGAAGAUCUGGGGAACAAGGUGCUCAAGAAGUUUAAGGAGUACGGCAUGAAGACCUGGACUGAUGAGCACUUUGUCAAGGUUCAGGACCCCCCAGCAUCUGGAUACAACAGAAUAGUUUUCAAGAACGGAACAGCGGAACGUCCAACGGGUUUCCUGUCCUACAGCGCCAGUGGAACAGCAAGGGGUGCAGUGCUGUAUGCCCAUUAUGGACAGGAAAAUGACCUGAAGCAGUUAAAAGACAUGAACAUCGACAUGAAUGGCAGGGUGAUGCUGGUCAGAGCUGGAAGGAUCAGCUUUGCUGAGAAGGUAGCCAAUGCAGCCAAAAUGAACGCCUCUGCUGUGCUGAUCUACCCAGACCCUGCUGAUUACUCGAUCAGCGAGAGCACUCCACUCUUUGGACAUGUCCACAUGGGCUCUGGGGAUCCCUACACCCCAGGCUUCCCCUCCUUCAACCACACCCAGUUUCCACCUGUGCAGUCUUCAGGCCUGCCAAAUAUUUUGGCUCAGACUAUCACAACAGGCAUGGGAAUGAACAUUCUGAGGCAGCUCGGGGGUAGAACUCAGCCAAAUGGUUGGGGGAGCAUCAAUAAACUCGGAGACGAGAGCGAUGUUAUUACUGUGGAAGUCAACAAUGUCCUUACUGAGAAAAGGAUAAAUAAUGUCUUUGGGGUCAUCAAAGGCUUUGUGGAUGCAGAUCGAUACGUGGUCAUUGGGGCCCAGAGGGAUGCGUGGGGCCCUGGCUUUGCAGCAUCAACCGUGGGCACCAGCGUCCUCGUUGAGCUGGCGCGUUCCAUCUCUGACAUGGUGGAGAACGAUGGAUUCAAACCGAGGAGGAGUAUUGUGUUUGCGAGCUGGAGUGCGGGAGAGUAUGGGAGUGUUGGCGCCACCGAGUGGUUGGAGGGUUAUCUGUCCUCUCUGAGCAUGAAAGCAUUCACCUACAUCAACCUGGACGGCAUUGUGACAGGUCAGAAUGGGUUUAAAGUAGCAGCCAGCCCGUUGUUGCACAGCCUGGUCCAAAACGCUCUGAAAGAGGUGAACUAUGACAAGGACAAGUCUCUUCUUUCUCAGUUUGGAAAGAACAACUGGGAGUCUGCUAUUCUGGAGCCUCUGAGGAUGGACAGUGCUGCGUAUCCUUUCCUCGCCUUCUCCGGCAUUCCCUCAGUCGCUUUCAGAUUCCACUCUGGAAGUUCAGACUACCCGUACUUUGGUACAAUCCUGGACACCCGAGAAAACCUGAACUCUGUCACAGCCAGCCAGGUUCCUCAGCUGGCUGUGAGAGCGGGCCAGUUUGCCGGUCACAUAGCGCUGAGGCUGGUCCAUGACCACCUGCUGCAGAUGGACCUGAAGAAGUACAACCAGCUCAUACGCAGCCACGUUGUUCAGAUUAAUGCGAGGGUCAAGAAUGUUCAGAGGUUGAAGCCCCAGCUGUUGCCCAAAGCUCUGACAGUGCAAUGGUUGAUCAUGGCCUCUGGCUCCUACAGCCGUGCCUCUAGCGCGCUGGCAGCCGACAUCCAGAACAGCGACCUGGAGGACAUCGAGAUGUGCCGCGUGAUCAAUGACCGCAUCAUGACGGUGGAAAGGAACUUCCUGUCACCCUACGUUUCUCCCAAAGACAGCCCCUUCCGUCACAUCCUGCUGGGCUCCGGUCCCCACACCCUCAAAGGUCUGAUCAGCCACCUCGACUCUUUGACGACUGCCGACCUCGACGCAGACGCCAAGCUGUUCCGCAACCAGUUUGCCCAGGCGACCUGGACCAUUCAGACCUGUGCCAACUCCCUAGCAGGGGACAUCUGGUCUCUGGAUAAUGAAAUCUAGAAAAGUCCUUUGCCCUCCCUUGUUCAUGGUUUGGCCCUCUUAUUACAACUGGCAGUGUUGUUGUGAUUAAUCACCACGUUUUCAGCGGAUAUCUACAAAGUCAUCAUAUCGUUUCCACGAUGUUCAUUUUCCUUUUAUCUAAAAUUCUCUUAAAGCCAAACAUGUUGCAAAGUGGUUUGUAAGCCUUCUGCCUUAAAAGGACUUAACCCUCUAAGAAUCUUGAAUUUGAACAUGUGGUAUUUAGUUAUCACAGUCUUAAAUCCCAUGGUGCUAGUAAUGUCAACAAAUGUUAUGUGGAAGUACUGCUUUAAAUUGGUGUUACCUCUGAAUGAGUUGGAGUUGGAUUUUUUCUUUAAUUCCAGAACAGUAUCAGGUCAGAAUCACAGUAAAGACUGUGUUUGCCAGCUCAGAUCUUUAGACCGUAGAAGCGCAGUAUGAUAACAAUAAGCUAAUGACUUUGUAUUUGUUUACCACGAGGCAAACUGCUGGUAUUUCUGCUGCUGCUGCUGCGGCUUGGUGUUCAAACCUGAGCUGGUUUUUAUUGGUAGCUAAAAUAUCUCAUACUGUGCUGAUUCUGCUACACAACUCAGUCAGAAAAUAGAUUCAGGCAUUCAGCUGCUGAAAGAAGUGCAGAUUGAUUUACAGCAACAGUGCACACAGAUUUGGAAUAAUUGGCUACUUUAAAUUGGGGGGGGGGGGGG